UAACAGGCAGUUUUAAAGACUACACUAAGGCCAAUAUUUUUUUUUAAACUAGCUAUAUAAUAUAAUUAAUAUAAUUAUAAUAUAAUAUAAUAUAUUCAGACCGAUUCGGACGCAUACAAGUCGAACCGCAUCCUUCCGCCUUGUCGCACAGCUGUGUAAUCAGCGCAUGGAUAUAUUAAUUAGCGGUGCUGCGGCCUCCGGUGCGUUAUUAACUGGACUCGUUUCCACGCCGCAAGAAAAGCUGAAGUUAAAACAUGCCGGUCAGGAAAAAAAACACCGCAUCUGGACCCAACAAAGAGCAGCUUAGCAGAGACGUGCGGCGGAGCAGACUGACGCUGUUCAUCCAGCAGUUCGAGAAAGAAGCUCAGGAGCGCACGAACGGGCUGGAGGCCAAAAUGGAGAACAUGCUAGCCACAGUGGACAAGGCGUUCAAAGUGGAGCUGAUGAAGAUGCCUCCUUCUCUGCAGAACACCCUCAUAGGAGAUUUAAUAAGACAGGAUGAAGCGUCAGCCAGUGAGGUUUCAAUUGCCAUGAAGAAUGAAUCCCGUGAGAUGCCACAGCCACUCAAGAAGAGACGAAGCAAAAGAUUAAAAUCGGCUGAUUCUCCAUCCGGCCCCACAGCCUCCUCCAAAGUGUCCAAGGGAGGAAAGGGGGCAAAAAGGACCAGAACAUUAGUUGGGAGUAACAGCGCCGGAAACCUCAUAGGAUCUGCAGUUGCCGGCAGCAGAACUCAAACCCGCUUGACGAAUCGCAAAACCACUGAGCAGACCAAAGGGAAACUCAGGUCUGUCGUCUCUACUGGUGAUCUGCACUGUUUGAUGGCAGGAGCUCCCGCUCACAUCACUGUGACCACAGCACAGGGGCAGACGUUCAGUUUUUCUGAAGAGACCAAGAAUGAAAUCAAUGUGGACCUGCUGGAUGAUGUGGCCUGGUGCCAGAUCCAGAAGCUUAUGAGUCUGAUGGAUUAUCUGUCUCGGCAAAGUCGCUGUUCGAGUAAAGAUUCCUGAACAUCCAGCUGGAUUCUGCUCACCCUUUUCUAGUUAAUAACAGCUUUUAAUACUUGUAACUUUCAUUUAAUUCUUGAGUGGUUUUAAAAAUUUAAUAAAGCUUAUUUGUGUGGCCAUCUGA